CUUCCGCACCACAGUUCCUCAUUCCCCAUCCCAGGUUUCCGGACUGGACCAGCAGGAGGGAUAAAAGAGGCGGGGACAUCGCUGGAGCCGCGGGCCUGGGAACCCUAGCCCCCACUUGCCCUGAGCACUCGGAUCCUGCUGGAAACUCCAGGACAUGGGCCUCACAUUGUGCUCCUGCAGCCUCUGCAGCCAGCUCAAACCCGGGCUGCUGCUCCUGGGACUAUUGGUCCUAUCAGCUGUGGUCACAGUCGCCAGUGGUGAAGAUGGGGACUUUCACUGUGUGUGUGUAAAAACCAUGUCCAAAGUCAAUGCUGAAUACAUCUUCAAACUGGAGGUGAUCAAGGCAGGACCCCACUGUGCCACCGCCCAGAUGAUAGCUACACUGAAGAGUGGAAGGAAAAUUUGCCUUGAGCGGCAGGUCUCCCUAUUUAAGAGAUUAAUGAAGAAACUCCUGGACAGUUAGUUUAUACCUGGCUAAAUGUGUAUUUUGCUAUAAAACAUGUUUGGGUGCUUCCCCCCACCCCACCCCACCCCACCCCCACACACAUUCGCUCUAACUAAAAAAGAAUCUUCUAUUGCUUAUAUUAUCCUUCAAAUCUUAAAUAAAUAAAUAAUAUGAAUCAAGUUGUGAUUUUGUCAAAAUAUUGCUUCAUAAUAGAGGAGAAAAUAGUGAUGCCAUAACAUAUUUUCUUACAAGAAAACACCUCAAGAAUUUUAAGCAAAAAAAAAAAUGUUUUGAAGGAGGGUUUUUUAUAAGGA